AGGUAAAGCUGCAUGCCCCUACCCAACGUGCAAAACCAAUGGUGUUUCAGUGGUAACUUUGCCCGUCAUGGAUUUGCUUUAUCCUUGCUUGAAGCGCACGGAUUGCUCUCAUGGCUUUUACUUAGCGUAACGACGAAGAAUGAAACCCCUUAUUUACUUUGUUCCCCCGUUGGUUUGCAGAAGAGCUUUUGUGUAGCUCAUCCAGUACCUAACCAACAGCAGUGGAUUCGGCUCUAUAGCAAGCCCUCCGACGUCUCCUCCGAUUGGACCGCCCUCUACCUGGGGUCCAAGCUGGCCUACUGGUCCGGCCUCUGCUACUUGCCGUACGACACAAUCUGUCGUACAGUACAGCAGGAGGGGCUGCAGUUGGUGGCGUACGGCAGGACAAGCUACACUUGCUGGUACGUGGCGGACGGCUGCGUUGAUUUCGAAGCCCUGCACCGCCGCGCCCUUCCGCGCCAGCAGCAGCAGCGAGAAGGAGGACGAGGACUACAGGCGCACCAGCAGCAGCAGCAUGCAGCGCAGCAGCAACAAGGAGGGCUGCACCAGCAGCUCAAGGCCCAACAGCAGCAGCAGCAGCAAUCACCCGUACAGCGGUCGCUACAUGACCAGCACUGGGACACUCGCGCAACCCAAGCCGAUGAGGGCUCCGCUGGUGGCACCGGUAGCAACCACAGCGGUGAUAAUGACGGCGAUGCUGGGGAGUUCAUGAUGACCCCUGGGUCACAUGCUGCUACUACUGCAAGCGGUGAAGACAUCAGCGUCAGCAGCGAUGGUCGUGUUUACAGCAGCACCGCCGCCCAUCGCGCCAACGCAGCGGGCAUCACGCCGGGUAGCCGCUGUCGCUUCAUCUUCCUGCGAGGCGUCCAGUGGGGAGCACAUGACGGCGAUACGUUGUCCCUAUCCGCGGCUCUGGCCUCCUUCUGGCCCACACCGCUGCUGCCCACCGACCCCUCAGCACACGGCUUGACAGCAGCAUCCUCCUCCGCCACAACCCAAGCCGCUGCCUCCACCGCCCCCACAGCAGCCCCUGCCUCCACCGCCCCCCAGGCCAGCGAGCCACGUCAUCAGCACCCGGCAGUGGCGGCGGUGGUGGCGCACAGCGGGGUGGCGGGAAUGGCCCGGGAGCUGCUGCCCGUACUGCUGCCGUACAUCAGGGAGGGCGCUGCUGCUCAGUCGGGCCCGGGUGCCGAUACGGGUGCUGCCCCCACCCCUCAUCAUCAGCCUCAUCAUCAUCAUCAGCAGCAGCAGCAGCCCCAGCAGCAGCCGCAGCAGGUGGUGCUUGCGGGUCACUCGUUGGGUGGCUCGCUGGCGCUGCUGCUGUGGGCCAUGACACUGGCGCAGGGGGCCAGGUCCCCAGCCACCAUCUCCUGCCAUACCUUCGGCUCGCCGCCCGUCCUAGCCCACGCCACUGGCGGCGGCAGCAGCGCUGUGCUGCGGGAGCUCCUGCAACCGCUGCCACAGCCGCUUCGAACUCCUGCUGGUAAUGCCGGCGGUAAGGAACCUGCGCCCCGCCUCGCCACCUCCUCCUCCCCUAAUGAACAGCAACAGCAGCCGCCGGCCCCCUCCACCCCCUCCGCUCCCUCCCC